AUAUAAAAACCCACAUGAAGCCUGGCUUUUUACCUUAGGUAGGCAGGCUUCUCGAAGAGUUGAUCGCGCCCAUCAUGUAUAGGGACAGAAUCAAAGCAUGUAAGCUGCAUGUGCGAUUUUACAAACCGUACUACCUGUUAGCGAAUCAUCGUGAGGCGUCGUAGCACGACCCCUGAGAAAAUCGGGCUCCCGGCUAGAGGCCACCCCGGAAUCCCACGUGCUUCCAUACCGAGCUUCAUGUGGAUGGUCUCGUCUUCGAAUUCGCAGUUCUCUGCAGGUUUAAGGCAAGGGCCUAAUGCCAUAAGGGGACUAUGCAUGCAGGCCUUUUUCGGGGGCAGUACUGCAUUGGGGAACUGUCUAACCAUGCCAUUUUCAAUAGCAUUAUAUCUCGCGGUGUUAUCUCUACGCUCAGACACUCGGCAAGCCCUACAUGCGAAGCAGAUCCCAAUUUCUAUUGGAUAAUGGCCUGUCGGCCAAGCAUCAAGCUUGCCAUGUCGAUAAACUGAUAAAUAGUCCUGUCCUUGACUUGUCGCCCUGACUUAUCGCCUUUGUUGAUGUCUCGAUAGUUGUCCUUUGUCAAUUCUACAGGCCGGGACCUCUUCUCGUUGUUCCUCCCUCUUGGUGCGCCGCAAGCUUGUAUUAACCGCCCACUAUGCAUCUCGAGACAUCCUCAAUCGCGGCGGCGAUCUUCAUCGCAAGCGAGGUGUCCGGGGUGUCCGCCCUACCCAAGGCGCCCGAGUGGUGGAAGCCAAGAUCGUGGAAGCCUCCGACACAGCAUCGUUUCCAGAAUGCCGAGCUCGGGCCGCGCCCGCAAUACCUUAUAGCAGAUAUGGACGAAGGCUGGCUGAAGGACCGGCUAUCGCUAUGUUCUGACGUGGUGGCGCGGCCGUCCAAGUUCAGCAUCGGCCACCGCGGCGGCGCUUGUCUUCAAUUUCCCGAAGAGACCCGAGAGUCUAUCGAGGCUGGCACACGCAUGGGCGCUGGGAUUCUCGAGUGUGACGUCGCUUUUACUAAAGACCGCGAGCUCGUGUGCCGGCACGACCAAUGCGAUCUCCAUACGACGACUAACAUCGUCGCGACGGAGCUAGGUUCCAAGUGCACGGUGCCAUUUACACCCGCGAAGGACGGCGCCCCGGCAACCGCCACGUGUUGUACCAGCGACAUCACGCUGGCCGAGUUCAAGUCCCUGUGCGGCAAGAUGGACGGCUUCAACGUCUCGGCUUCCACCCCGGAGGACUUUUUGCGCGGAACGCCCUCGUGGCGGACCGACCUCUACGCUACUUGCGGCACGGUCCUCUCGCACAAGGAAUUCCUGCAGCUGGUCGAUUCGCACGACCGGGACUUCACCACCGAGCUCAAGGCGCCCCGCGUGCCGAUGCCUUUCAACGGGGAUUACACACAAGAGAAGUACGCGCAGCAGGUGGUCGAGGAAUACAGAGCGGCGGGAAUCGACCCGUCCCGCGUGUGGCUGCAGAGCUUCUCUUUCGCCGACGUCGCUUACUGGCUCCGCGCCGACCCGGCGUUUGGUAGGCAGGCGGUGCUGCUCGACCAGAACGGCGAUCUGUCGGGAGCUUUCCCAGCCGCCGUAGCUAACCUAUCGUUCUACAAAGACGCCGGAGUACAAGUCGUGGCGCCUCCGCUUUCGUUCCUCGUUGCGCUCGGUGAAGACGGAGAGUACGUGCCGUCUACGUAUGCGACGACAGCGCGUAAGCUUGGGCUUAAAAUUCUCACGUGGUCUCUCGAACGGUCGGGCCCGCUCGCUCAGGCCGCAGCCAACGGCGAUAUGUACUAUUCGACCAUCGCUAACGGCACGCACAAGGAUGGAGACAUGUAUAGACUUGUGGACGUUUUGGCGCAGCAAGUCGGCGUCCAGGGCAUCUUUUCAGAUUGGUCCGCUACGGUCACUUACUAUGCCAACUGCUUCGGGCUUUUUUGACCUUCUAACGGGACCUGGGAACAAGGUGCUCUCGACGGUGUCCAAAUGAUGUAGCUGGCCAAUUUACCCAGACGUCUAGUCCGUGCGAUGGCGACAGCUAGCUUAAGAACCUAGGUAGGUAGACAGUUAACCUAAUGAAGAGCAUCGUAAAGCACAAAGACACCUCUUAGAGGUAAGGGACCUGAGAUAUUGCAUUGCGUGUCCUCAACGCGAGCGUAUAUUUCGUAUCUACCUAGCUAGCUAGCUAGCUAGGU